CUCAGCCACUUCAGGAACAGUUCGACACUCAAAUUAGAAUUGUUUCCGGUUAAAUUGGGGUCAAACAAAGGGGAUUGCGCAUUACAAGACAUCACAAUGCUUAUACGAAGGGUGUUACAAUGUGGAGUGACAGCUUUAAAGUCACGCAGGACCGUUCACCACAGUGCUCAAUGGAGGAGUCCUCUCGUACCUAUCGUUGUGGAGCAGACGGGUCGAGGAGAGCGUGCGUAUGACAUCUACUCUCGUCUUCUGAGGGAGAGGAUCAUCUGUGUAAUGGGGCCGAUUGAUGACUCUGUGGCCAGUCUGGUUAUUGCUCAACUACUCUUUCUGCAGUCAGAGAGCAACAACAAACCCAUCCACAUGUACAUCAACAGUCCUGGCGGUGUUGUGACGGCAGGCCUAGCCAUCUACGACACCAUGCAGUACAUCCUCAACCCAAUCUCCACGUGGUGUGUGGGCCAGGCGGCCAGCAUGGGCAGUCUUCUCCUGGCUUCGGGCACGGCCGGCAUGAGGCACUCCCUGCCCAACGCCCGCAUCAUGGUGCACCAGCCCUCCGGAGGAGCCAGGGGUCAGGCUACAGACAUCGCCAUUCAGGCUGAGGAGAUCAUGAAGCUAAAGAAACAGAUCAAUCAACUCUACGCUAAACACACUGGCCAGCUGUUGACACAUAUAGAUUGUGUGAUGGAGAGAGAUCGUUACAUGAGCCCCAUUGAGGCACAGGACUUUGGGAUCAUCGACCGAGUGUUGGUGCAUCCUCCCCAGGCGGGCCAGGAUGACCCAGAGCUGGUCCAGAAGGAGCCCCCUACCGCCAUCUGCCCCUCGCCAGCCCCCGCCACCGAGCAGAGCCCCCGGGACCAACCACCCCUCCUCAUACAAACCCGAACCCUGACCUCAGACUACCAGGAAGCAGUCCCACACCAAUCACAAGCCAUCCUCUAUCUUCUAACCACCUAAAGGCACUUCUGUAGAUCAGAAUGGAUUGGACAGGUGCAAGCAUAUGCUGAUGUCCCGUAAAUCCAAAUGUAUUGGAGUGGAUACUAAUAUGCGAGAAGUUACAGCGUAGCCUACCAGAGGGCAAAGUGGAGCUAUUACUAUAUUGCUUAUACCUGUCCAAUCCUUUAAUUUACAGAAGUGCUCUGGGUGGAUAGGGGUCGGUUUGGAACAAAGGACCUGCAUUGUAUACCUUUGUGCUGGAGAAACCUCUGGGAGAGGAGGCAAAAUGCAGCAGUAUUAGAAUAUUUACAUUUAAGAAUGAUCAUUUUUGACCAAUCUCAGAUUUGUACUGUCCCCCAUAAUAUGCACACUGUAUUUACCACAAACAAAGACUGCAGAUCUCUACAGUGAAGGAAACAAUAUAGCCCCCAUUUGUACAAGCCAUGACACAAUUGUGAUGUUGAUUUUCACGAACUUGAAUAAAAUACAUUUUCUUUGAGUCACACACCCAACCUGGGCCUGUACUCAUAAAGCAUCUAAGAGUAGGAGUGUUGAUCUAGGAUCAGUUCCUCCUGUCCAUGCAAUCUUAUUAAUUGUGACAGACAAGGCAAAACGGAUUCUAGAUUAGCACUCCUACUCUUAAUGCUUUACGAAUACAGGCUCUGAUGUAAAAACUGAUUAUAAUUGUAUCAACGCGUGAUUUGAGUCUGUAACAAGUAGUGUUUUGAUUGCCUCAGUGAUGAGAUCAACUGAGCUGUUUUCUUUUGCAAUAUACAGAAGUCAGAAGUUUACAUACACCUUAGCCAAGAAGUGUACAUACUCAAUUAGUAUUUGGUAGCAUUGCCUUUAAAUUGUUUAACUUGGGUCAAAUGUUUUGGGUAGCCUUCCACAAGCUUCCCACAAUAACUUGGGUAAAUUUUUGCCCAUUCCUCCUGACAGAGCUGGUGUAACUGAGUCAGGUUUGUAGGUCUCCUUGCUCGCACAUGCUUUUUCAGUUCUGCCCACACAUGUUCUAUAGGAUUGAUGUCAGGGCUUUGUGAUGGCCACUCCAAUACCUUGACUUUGUUGUCCUUAAGCUAUUUUGCCACAACUUUGGAAGUAUGCUUGGGGUCAUUGUCCAUUUGGAAGACACAUUUGUGACUAAGCUUUAACUUCCUGAUGUCUUGAUGUUGCUUCAAUAUAUCCUCAUGAUGCCAUCAAUUUUGAGAAGUGCCCAGUCCCUCCUGCAGCAAAGCACCCACACAACAUGCUGCAACCCCCGUUCUUCACGGUUGGGAUGGUGUUCUUCGGCUUGCAAGCUUCCCCCUUUUUCCUCCAAACAUAACGAUGGUCGUUAUGGCCAAACGGUUCUAUUUUUGUUUCAUCAGGCCAGAGGACAUUUCUCCAAGUGCAGUUGCAAACCGUAGUCUGGCUUUUUUAUGGAGGUUUUGGAGCAGUGGCUUCUUCCUUGCUGAGCGGCCUUUCAGGUUAUGUCGAUAUAGGACUUGUUUUACUGUGGAUAUAGAUACUUUUGUACCAGUUUCCUCCAGCAUCUUCACAAUGUCUUUUGCUGUUGUUCUGGGAUUGAUUUGCACUUUUCACACCAAAGGACGUUCAUCUCUAGGAGACAGAACGCGUCUCCUUUCUGAGCGGUGUGACGGCGUUUAUACUUGCGUACUAUUGUUUGUACAGAUGAACGUGGUACCUUCAGCCAUUUGGAAAUUGCUCCCAAGGAUGAACCAGACUUGUGGAGGUCUACAAUUGUUUGAGGUCUCGGCUGAUUUUUCCAUGCUGUCAAACAAAGAGCAACUGAGUUUGAAGGUAGGCCUUGAAAUACAUCCACAGGUACACCUCCAAUUGAAUCAAAUUUUGUCAAUUAGCCUAUCAAGCCAUGACAAUUUUCUGGAAUUUUCCAAGCUGUUUAAAGGCACAGUCAACUUAAUGUAUGUAAACUUCUGACCCACUGGAAUUGUGAUACAGUGGGUCAGUGAAAUAAUCUGUAAAUACCUUUUUGGAAAAAUGACUUGAGUCAUGCACAAAGUAGAUGUCCUAACCAACUUGCCAAAACUAUAGUUAACAAUAAUUUUUAAUGAUUCCAUCCUAAGUGUAUGUAAACUUCCGACUUCAACUGUACAUGAGACUUGUGUAAGCCCAGAGUGCCUCACUGUCAGUGACUAGGGGGAUUUGAGAUAAAGCCUCUUGUAAGAGUGAGUUUUAAUCAAGUCAUGAUGGAAAUGUUUAAAGAAUGGGAUUUUGUCUCAAUGAUAUUGAAAAGUUAGUCACGUUAAAUUAAAAAAGUAAUUGAGUAAAGCA